GAAUGUUUUAAGCUGAAAAGUAUUUGCUGUGCUAUAAUAUCUGACGAACUGCUGGACUGUGCAAGAGACAUGCAAGAAGUGCCUCUUCAGGUCGUUGUUGCAGAGGAUAAUCCCUCAGGCGAUACGCCGAAGUCCAACCCACUAGUCUUUCGAAUAUCUAUAUGGCGUUUCCUCUGCUGUACGCUGCCAAUUGUCCUUUGCGCAGUUGUUUCAAUAAUAUCGGUUCAUGUCUGCAAGAAUCAGGGGUUUCCUUACGGGGCAGGAAUUGCAGCAGUGUGCGCCAUAGGAGUAUAUAUCUUUAAUCUCUGCCUAGUGGCCGCAAUGGUUACCUAUCUCAUCAGCUUGCGAUGUCCAUUUUGUACAGACGCAGCAUUGGCCAAAUCCUCGAAUGGGACAACGGCAAUCAAUGCCAUCAACAUAUUCAAUCUGUUUCUGUCAAUUGUGUUGGCUGUGGUCGUGAUUUGUAUCGUUACUUUGGAACAUAGGAGAUAUUAUAUUGGCGAACCUUGACUAACGUUGCCUUGCAUUGAUGUAUAUCUACGUGAAGUAAGAUGUUUCACGUAUAAGGCUGUCUCUAUCUUAUCAUGAUUAGUAGAAAGGCAGAAAUAUUGUAAAUCAGCUGAAUUUCAUUUGAUAACGAGAUUCUGAAUAUAUUGAAAGACUUCUUAACACAACAUUAGGCAAAUUAAAACAGUUUCAUAUCUGAAUGUCAUUCUAAUUAUACUAAACCUAACUAAUAUAUUGGUUAAUUGAAAGCUUGUCGCAAAGUUUAUCCAUACUUAUGUAUAUAAUAUUGAAACUAUAUGUACAUUUCGGCCACCUGUAAUUUGUAUAUAAAGAUCAAACAAAAUAUGUAUCUGUUGCUUAAUCCUGCUGUCAAUAGUUAUUAAUGAACAAUCUCUUUGUGUAUUUGACAAUUCUACAAAUCCCAUUGUCGUUUAAAGGGGCGUAACUUGUCUAAUUCAUAUGUAGAAUAUAUUUAUAAUUAUAUAAGAGACCAUAUAAUUAUAUAUAUAACUACGUUAAUCCAGGCUCUACAGCUGUACUUAGGCUCCCCCUGCUUAGAAAAUAAUCUGAGAUGGGAUUAUUGUGCUUAUAAUUGACACCUAUUUAAGUGAUGAAACUUCAUAGAAACAUUAUAGAAACAUUAUUGAAACGUUAUCGUAGAAAAGUAUCUGACAAAACCUCUACUAGAAUUUUUAUUUCAAAUAUUCUGAAGCAUGCAGUUUAAAUCUGUAUCAUAUUGAAAUAUAACAAAUGGGAUCUCAGUUUGGUUAUUUGCAACUGUUGUGAAUUGUAUGAUUAUAACCAUAACUGGCCGGAUAUAACUAAACCAGAAGUGUGGAAUGCUGACCAUACAUGUUUAGACAAUAAAAGACCGGUUAUUUUCCUACAUGUAAAAGUCAUACCACGUAACAAUAAAAUUGCUUGAGACAAAGUCAUACACUGACUGUAGCUUAAUGUAAAAAUGAGGUUAAGAUUAUUAACGUGCGAGGCCUUUUUUCGGGUGCUACUUAUCUCACAAGAUGCAGGGUAGAAACCGUGAAUUCACGAGGUGUCACGAGAGCAGAAUCCAACGAAUGGCGACUAUGUGUUCGACGGGGUCAGAGGUAAUGUUUACACAAUAUUAUGUGAUCGACAGGCCAAAGGUAAUGUUUGUGAUUUCAUCUUAAAUUGUAAAGCUGUAUUACGUCACUUGGUUUGCUAAACGACUUUAUAAUUAAUUUAUGGAGUGGCGUCACCAAAAAAAUAUCAUAAAAGCUUUGGGGAAAGGGUGAUAUCAUGUAACUCAUUGCAUAAUGUACGUCACGUACGAAAAUAAAACUU